AUGACCACCGCAAAGAUCAUCUACGGCACUGCGUGGAAGAAGGAGCGCACUACUGACCUCGUCGUCAACGCGGUUCUCAAUGACUUCCGUGCCAUCGACACUGAACUUGUGGGCGAGGCGCUCGAAAUCCUGCAGAACCAACACGGCAUCAGGCGCGAGGACCUCUUCAUCCAGACAAAGUUCACCUCUCUCGGCGGUCAAGACCGCUCCAAACCGCUCCCCUACAACCCGAGCGACCCCAUCCCCACCCAGAUUCAAACCUCUGUCCAAAACUCGCUCCGGAACCUGCGCACGACCUACCUCGACAGCCUCCUCCUGCACUCGCCGCUCUCGCGCGUGGCGGACACCGUAACUGCGUGGCGCGCACUGGUCGCGCUGCAGGACGAAGGCACCGUGCACACGAUCGGGAUGAGCAACACGUACGACGUGCGCGUGCUCGAGCAGCUCGAGCGGGAGACCGGGCGCCGCGUGCAGGUCGUGCAGAACAGGUGGUUCGAGGGGAACGCGUGGGACAGGGAGGUGUGUCGGUACUGUCGCGAGCGCGGGAUCCAGUACCAAUCAUUCUGGACCCUCUCCGGCUCGCCCUCGCUCCUCGCGCACCCUUCGCUCCGCGCCGUCGCCCACGCAAAGCACUGCACGCCCGCGCAGGCGCUCUUCAGGCUCGCGCAGAUGCACGGUGUCACGCCGCUCUCGGGGACGACGAGCGUUGAGCAUAUGCGGGAGGACGUCGCUGCCGCGGAGAUCGAUCUUGAGGAGGAGCUGCAGGGUGGCGCGGUGAGGGAAGUCGUAAAAUUGGUGUGGGGUCCGUGAAGGCUGGGCUUCGGGGACUCGUGGAGGGAGGGCGAGAAGUCUCUUGCGUAUGUACGAUAGUAAGUGUGAGCUGAGUCGAUGUUUUGUAGCUUAUAUGGUUGGUUCGUGUACGGCCCAUCGCUGCCCUCAGGUCUGUAGCGUGGUUUCUCUCGUUGAUUCAUGCCUGCAGCAGGAGCUGAACCUCGGUCGAGCUCCCGUCUCUCUGCUUCUAUGCGAACGUCAUGUUACGGUCCUUGGGGCAGCUCCAGAGAAUCAGCCAUUGCCGCACCUCUACCGUCCGAGAUAUAGAUGGUGACGUACAAUAGCAUGCGAGGGUUUGAAAAUCGUAGCGAACAGCGACAUCAGUCGAACGACCCUUCGACGUGUCCGUCUUCAGCCCCACCCUCCACGAACAGGCUCAGUCACAC